GCCACAGCUUCAAUCUGAAUCUGUUCUUUAGCUUGUUUGUUUUUCUUUUUCCGCUUCAUGCUACACAAUAUGUCUGAUCUGCGGUUUUCAAAGCCCUGGUUGUUGUCUGACUCCUCACUGCUACUGACUGAAACGAUUACCUAACUCUCUUCUGCUCUCAUAUUCACGACUCGACAACAGCCAAGUCAAUAUGUCACCCCCCUGUAGAUGCCCACGUUUCAUACGGACUAAGCAAUUACCCCUCACUCACCCUUUCUUAACGCUUCUUCUUGUGAGUUUGCAGCAGAAGCUUUUAUUCAAACUAUAAAAAUGCACACAGCAAACAAAAGGAAUGCCAUUGAUUGUGAGGAUGCUCUAAAAAGCUUUGCAUUCUGUAGUUUAUUAUGAUAAUGCAAAGUGAAAGUCAGUGAAUCAUUUCAGUACACCUUAGUGCUGCCAAACCAUCUCAGCCUCGUAUAGCCACCAGCAGCUGGCUUUAUGACAAUCCAUAUUUAUAACACUUACAGUGUCGAUAAUCACUGACUUAGUCAUCGAACUGAAACAAACAAGGAUGUAUUGCGCUUUUCUCUCUUUCCUCACUGUCUCUCUCUAACAAUUACACUUUUCUUCCUCUCUUUUGUCUUCCUACUGCUAUCCUGCCUUACCUUGCUGCUCUGACACACAUACACACAUUCAGCACACACACCAGACAACUCAUUCAUGGGCUUCGUUUCGGAGGAGCUGAACGAGACGGAGAAGAAGAGCAUCCAGCAGAACAAAGUCAACAACAUGGCCGUAGUGUACGGGAAGGAGGCCAGCAUGUGGAAGCUUCAGCAGGGUAAAGAUGGUUUCCUGCAGAUUCUCCACAAUUACAUGGAGGUCCACGGCACAGUGUACUAUGAGACCCAGAGACCUCCAGAGGUCCCGGCCUUUGUGAAGAACCACGGCCUGCUGCCCCAGCACGAGCUGCAGCAACUGCUGCGCAAGGCCAAGCUCUUCAUUGGCUUUGGUUUCCCCUACGAAGGCCCGGCCCCUCUUGAAGCAAUAGCCAAUGGUUGCAUCUUCCUGCAGCCCAAGUUCACGCCGCCUCACAGCUCGCUCAACCAUGAGUUUUUCAGAGGCAAGCCCACAUCUAGAGAGGUGUCCUCGCAGCACCCGUAUGCAGAGCAGUACAUCGGCAGACCUCACGUCAUGACGGUGGAUUUCAACAACUCGCUGGAGUUUGACUCUGCCAUCAGGGAAAUCAUGAGGACCCAGGUUAAGCCGUAUCUGCCUUAUGAGUACACGUGUGAGGGGAUGCUGGAGAGAGUACAUGCCUACAUUCAGCAUCAGGACUUCUGUUCCCUCGAGCCUCCCUUUGUUCCAACCAACCUCUCCAGACCGGGGUCUGCUGGUGGCAGCAGGGUCCCAGGACCUCUGUUUGUGCCCCUGCCCAACUCCACAGCGCUCGGCUGGGCCUCCAACGUGACGGCGUCCACUGCCUGGCCCCCUCUCAGCUCCCUCCGGCUUCUCGUGUCUCAGGAGGGCCAGUCCUGUGUAGAGACAUGCCGUUCGGAGGGGUUCAUCUGUGAGCCCGCUCACUUCCACUUCAUCAACAACAAGGAGGCCCUGCGCAGGUUGGAGGUGCAGUGUGAUGUGGUGGACUCCGAAGUCAACCACAUCCUCCCAGCCUUCUCGGUUUUGCGGCGGGAGUGCGGCCUCCAGCGAGAACCCCUCCUCUUCAGCUGUGCAGGAUAUUCCCCCAAAUACAGACGUCUUUGCCCCUGCAGGGAUUUCCGCCGUGGUCAGGUGGCGCUGUGCAGAGACUGUCUAUAAUGACAGGACAGGUGAAGGACAGACACAAAAGAAUAAGACACAGGGGGUGUGAAAGGGAAGGCACCCACAGGCCAGAACAGGUGUAGAGCUGUGACAAUGAAACAGUAAAUGUGGGAUAAUGAGGAACAGGCAUGCAUGGAAUUGAAAAGCUAAAGGUAGACCCGAAUAGCCGCCAUGUUGUAAGUGAGAUGACUGUAGUUGUUAUAACAGCUGUUAACUGGCUGGAGAUAGAAAAGGCAGCAAGAUUUCAUGGAACAGGGCUCCCAUAUAACAACCAGGGGUCAAGGCCUGGUAACCAUUCACCAUGCCAACAAACAUUCCUCCCGACUACAGGUCAGGUUUUUACAUGAAGUUGACCGGUGAUAUGAUAAACAAAUAUGCACUUGAAGAAGCGCAUGUGUGUGCAGAGAGAUUCAGUGUAGGGAUUUUAGUGCCAUUCCAUGACAGAGUCUUCAAAUAUCUUGGACUGGAGAAGCCAACCCUCGGGUCAAUAUCCAAUCUCCUCUCUGCACUUGGACAAAGGAUGAUGGAGAACCGGGUUAUCUCCCUCGCUUUUCCUCCCAUCCUCCAAUGAUGGACAGAGUAAUUUAUCAGACUGCACCCCAAGUCCGAGCCAACAUCGGUCAAUGCAAUCAUCUCCUGUCGCAAAAGGAAAAGGACGAGGAGGACAGAGGACAAAAAUAAAGGGUACACGAUUAUUUUUCAAUAAAUAAGCCUUAAGAGCUCUCAAUGAGAUUUUUAAAGAGUCCUUUGGGCUUCAAUGUGGAAGUAAUAUCAUAAAAUAAA